AUGAAGAACCCCUUCGCCCGGUCCUCACGGAAUGGCGAUGAUGGCCCAUCAGAAAUAUAUGGAUAUCGUAUCUACAUGGUCGCAUUAUCCGCAACUUGGGCGUCCGCAAUGUAUGGCUAUGACUCUGCUUUCAUUGGAGGAACACUAGAGCUACCGGCCUUCAAAAACUCUUUCGGUCUCAAUGAGAGCGACUCGACCUCUCUUUCAUCCAAUGUUGUGUCCAUGUUCCAAGCGGGUGCGUUCUUUGGUGCCAUCUGCGGGUUCUUCUUCGCCGAGUAUUUCGGUCGCAAGCCUGUCAUUCUGGGCUCGGGUGUUAUUUUUGCUAUCGGUGCCGCUAUUCAACUGAUUGGAAAGAUAUCGGCACUUUAUGUUGGUCGAAUUUUCACAGGGCUGGGAAUAGGCGCAUCGUCCACCAUCAUCCCUAUUUAUAUUGCUGAAUGUUCCCCUGCUCUAAUUCGCGGGCGCUUAGUUGGAAUUUUUGAGAUCAUGCUACAGAUCGCACUCGUUUUUGGAUUCUGGGUCAAUUAUGGCGUCAACAAGAACAUUUCGAGCACAAGCGCAACACAAUGGAGAAUUCCAGUAGGUAUACAGCUAGUCCCGGCCGGCCUACUAUUAAUAUGCAUGACAUGGAUGAUCGAAAGCCCGCGCUGGCUUGCCAGCAAGAAUCAAAACGUCAAAGCCCAAAAGAAUCUGGCCUGGGUCCGUCAUCUCUCAGUGGACCACCCCUAUGUGGUCAAUGAGUUGGCUGAGAUACAAACUGCAGUCAGUCAAGAACUUGAGCUUAGCGGAGAACAACGUACUUUGCUCCAAAUCGUGCAUGAAUGUGCUGCACCUGGUGUUCGCAACCGAAUCGUUAUUGCAGUUAUGUUGAUGCUUCUGCAAAACCUUACUGGAAUCAAUGCUAUCAACUACUAUAGUCCUAUUAUUUUUCGCUCAAUUGGAUUCACCGGGACUUCUGUGGGACUGCUAGCCACUGGGGUCUAUGGGCUAGUGAAGAUGGCCACGACAGCUGUUUUCAUGAUUUGGAUUGUAGAUCGUUUUGGGCGUCGUGGGCCUUUGCUUGUGGGUGCAGUUGGCGCUGGCGUGGCCAUGUUCUACUUGGCCAUUUAUUCCCAAGUCAGCGAUUCUUUCGACCGCAUCCCUCCUAGCGAUUCCGGUUCCCAGGCUGCGGUUGCAAUGAUCUACAUUUAUGCAAUCUUCUACGGGUUUUCUUGGAAUGGCAUUCCCUGGAUCUUUGCAUCGGAAGUCCUUCCCACUCGUGUGCGGACCAUUGGCAUGAUGUGUGCUGUGUGCAUGCAAUGGUUAGCCCAGUUCAUUAUUGUCUAUUCGCUACCCUACAUGGUGGCUUCUAUCAAGUACGGUACGUUCUAUUUCUUCGGAUCAUGCACCGUUGUUGCUUUGAUAUUUGCAUACCUAUUUGUUCCUGAAACAAAGGGGGUACCUUUGGAGGAUAUGGGCGUUUUGUUCGGACCAAAUGUUAGUAUCUUGGCCGUCAAAGCCCAAGAAAAUUACCAGGAAUUCCGACGAUCGACGACAAUGGCAGCUACAGAGGCCCAACAGGAGAAACAGAGUGGCCUCCAUAUGGAGAAUGCGUGA